AUGUUUUUAGCGGGAACUGACACUUCAACGAUCAUUGUUGAGUGGGCGCUUGCUGAGUUGAUCAAGAAUCCCACCAUUCUUAAACAAUUACAGUCAGAGAUGGAUGCUAUUAUUGGACAAGAGCGUAUUUUACAAGAGGAUGACGUAUCAAAUCUUCCCUAUCUCCAAGCUGUUUGCAAAGAAGCACUACGUUUGCAUGCAUCCACACCUCUUAGCAUCCCACACUAUUCCUUUGAGUCAUGUGAGGUUGAGGGAUAUCAUAUCCCGACGGACACUAGACUUCUCAUUAAUAUAUGGGCCAUUGGUAGAGAUCCAGAUAUAUGGGAAAACCCGUUAGAAUUUGUUCCAGAGAGAUUUCUCCCAUGUGGUAAGGCUGUUAAUAUAGAGCCUCAUGGUACUGAUUUUGAAAUGAUAACUUUUGGAGCUGGAAGGAGGAUAUGUGUUGGAAAACAAGCUGGUAUGGUUUUUGUCCAGUAUCUCGUAGGUGUACUUGUGCAAGGAUUUAAUUGGCAAAUGCCAAAAGGGGAGGAGAUUGAUCUGAAGGAGUCUCCAGGGUUGGUGAUACCAAAAGCAGUGUCUAUUAAGGCCUUUGUUACACCUCGUCUUGCAUCUAAGGCUUAUUUCUAA